GCCCGCUCUCUCUCGCUCAGCACCUGCACCGCCAGUGCACGCCCAGAGCUCAGCAACCAGCUCGGCCAUGAACUUCUUCAAGAGCAGCAGCAGCUCAAAGACCAAGGCCCCGCCCGACCUCGUCCGCGCCCUGAGGGACAACGUCGCCAAGCUCGACUCCGCCUCGACUGGGCCCGAGCAGCGCAAGAAGGCGAGGGAGGACGUGUCCAAGUACCUCUUCCAGAUGAAGGUCCUCCUCUACGGCGACGGCGAGAACGACCCGCAACCCGAGAUCAUCGCCCAGCUCGCGCAGGAGGUCUACGCCAAUGACCUCUUGCACCUCCUCGUCCUCCACAUCUGUCGCUUCGAGUUCGAGGCGAGGAAAGACGUGUCGCAGAUCUUCAACAACCUCCUGCGGCGACAGAUCGGCUCGCGGUGGCCGACCGUCGAGCACUUGAGCGCCAAGGAGGACACGAUCUUUGCCGCAUUGACCGGGUACGAGAACGCCGACGUCGCGCUCAACACGGGCAUGAUCCUGCGCGCCAUGCUGCGGCACGAGCCUCUCGCACGGAUACUGCUCUACUCGGACAAGUUCUACAGCUUCAUCGACUACAUCGAGCAGACGACGUUCGGCAUCGCGUGCGACGCUCAAGCCAACUUCCGGGAAACGCUCACUCGUCACAAACCGAUGGUGGCCGAGUACCUCGACGAGAACUACGACCGAUUCUUCUCGCACUACUCGCUCCUCGUCCAGUCGUCCAACUAUGUCACCAAGCGCCAGUCGCUCAAGCUCCUGAGCGAGAUCCUGCUCGACCGCGUCAACUUCAAGGUCAUGACGCGGUACAUCGCGCGCGAGGACAACCUCAAGGUCGUCAUGAACCUGCUCAAGGACCGCAGCAAGAACAUCCAGUUCGAGGCGUUCCAGGUGUUUAAGGUCUUUGUCGCCAACCCGAAGAAGCCGCCGCAGAUCGAGGCCAUCCUGCGGCGCAACCGCGACAAGCUCCUCGUCUUUCUGCGCAACUUUCACAACGACCGCGACGACGAGCAGUUCAGCGACGAGAAGGCGUUCCUCAUCCAGCAGAUCGAGUCGCUUUGAGCGACCGAGCCGCCGACCUCCUCCCUCCUCCCCGCUCGCCCGCCCCAUUCUCCGACUCUCGUCGUCGUCG